GUGGACAGAAGCGCAAACUCGUGCAUAUGUCAAAGCCGUCGAGUGUAUUUUUCUGAAGCACGACAAAAAGUGAGAUUCUCGGGGUGAUUUUUCGCUGAAAAAAGUGACAAUAGGCUGAAGUGGCAUCUGAAAGCAUUCCAAAAGCCAUCAGUUGGAUGUUCUUAGCGCACUAGCGUGAGGAUUGAGUGACCAUUUUGCCGAUAAAUCGCGUUAAAAGGCUUUUGAAGAAAUCACUUCUGUAAUGGCUGCCACUGACAAGGCAUCGGACGACUCCCUCUAUCCCAUUGCCGUGUUGAUCGACGAGCUCAAGAAUGAGGACAUUCAGCUCCGUCUCAACUCCAUCAAGAAGCUAUCGACCAUUGCUCUGGCGCUGGGCGAGGAAAGGACGCGCACGGAGCUGAUUCCCUUCCUCACAGAGACCAUCUAUGACGAGGAUGAGGUGCUGCUGGCUCUGGCCGAUCAAUUGGGCCAGUUCACGAGUCUCGUGGGCGGACCCGACUAUGCCAUGUACCUUCUGCCGCCGCUCGAGUCCCUAGCCACCGUGGAGGAGACGGUGGUGCGCGACAAAGCCGUGGAAUCGCUGAGGAUUGUGGCUGCCCAGCACAGUGCAACUGAUUUGGAGGCGAGUGUGGUGCCCACACUGCAGCGCCUCGUCACCGGCGACUGGUUCACCUCACGCACGUCCGCGUGUGGCCUUCUGUCCGUGUGCUAUCCGCGUGUCUCGCAGCCAGUGAGGGCUGAGCUGCGUGCGAGUUUCCGGAAGCUCUGCCUGGACGAGACGCCGAUGGUGAGACGCGCAGCUGCCAGCAAAUUGGGUGAAUUCGCGAAGGUGGUGGAACCCGAGUCCCUCAAGUCCGACAUCAUCCCCAUGUUCGUGCAUCUGGCGCAGGAUGAUCAGGACUCCGUGCGCUUGCUGUCCGUGGAGGCGUGCGUCAGCAUCGCGCAGUUGCUGCAGCAGGACGAGCUUGAACACUUGGUGAUGCCCACACUUCGCCAGUGCGCCGGGGAUUCGUCCUGGCGCGUCCGCUACAUGGUGGCUGAUCACUUUACAGACAUGCAAAACGCCCUCGGGCCGGAGAUUACCAAAACUGACCUUGUGCCUGCUUUCCAGUAUCUCCUGAAGGACUCCGAGGCUGAAGUUCGCGCUGCAGCUGCCACGAAAGUCAAGGAUUUCUGUGCAAAUCUGGACAAGACCAAUCGCGUGCAAAUCAUCAUGACGUCAAUUCUGCCGUAUGUGAAGGAGCUGGUGUCGGAUCCCAAUCAGCACGUCAAGUCGGCCCUCGCCUCAGUGAUAAUGGGCCUGAGCCCAAUUCUCGGCAUGUCCAACACCGUGGAACACUUGCUGCCACUAUUCCUUAUCCAGCUGAAGGACGAGUGCCCCGAAGUGAGGCUGAACAUCAUCAGCAAUCUGGACUGCGUGAACGACGUGAUUGGCAUUCAGCAGCUGUCGCAGUCGCUGCUGCCGGCCAUCGUGGAGCUGGCGGAGGACACAAAGUGGCGUGUGCGACUGGCGAUCAUUGAGUACAUGCCAUUGCUGGCGGGGCAGCUGGGUCAGGAGUUCUUUGACCAGAAGCUGCGCGCACUGUGUAUGGGAUGGCUCAACGAUCACGUGUACGCCAUUCGCGAGGCGGCGGCGCAGAACAUGAAGAAGCUGGUGGAGCAAUUUGGAGCCGCCUGGGCGGAAUCCGCCAUCAUACCCAUGAUUCUGGUGAUGUCGCGCAACAAGAACUACUUGCACCGCAUGACAUGCCUCUUCUGCAUCAAUGUGCUGGCCGAGGUGUGCGGCACGGAGAUCACCACGCGCGUUCUGCUGCCCACGGUUCUUGUGCUCGCCACGGAUCUCGUGGCCAAUGUGCGCUUCAAUGUGGCGAAGACACUGCAGAAAAUCUCACCAUUCAUCGAUACCACGGCCAUUGAGACCCAAGUGAAGCCUGUGCUGGACACCCUGAGUUCGGACAAGGAUGUGGACGUCAAGUAUUUUGCAUCGGAAGCGAUUGCGGGUAUUGCAGGUUGAACAGUGGAGUACAAUUAGGCAGAACAGAAUCGCAACGGCGACUGCGAGAGAGAGAGAGAAGGAGAGAGAAAGCAGUGAAGGAAAUUUUAAAAUAUUUUUACAAUAUCAACAAGAGUAAAAUCAUCAGGCGCACCCAUUUUCAAGAGAUCUCCAAAUUAUGAGAUGAUUUGGCUUCAAAGCAGUAGAAAAAGAAAAAAAACAACAAGGAGAAGAAAUGAGAUGGAAUACUAGAACUAUACUUAUAAUGACUAAAAUAACGUUAAUCGUAAAUGAAAGAGAGUUUGUAUCUUAAUAUUUACAUUAUGUAUUUAGAUUUAAUAAAUGAAAUAUUAUAAUGGAAUAAUUAAGGUAUAUCUUGUAUGCAGAUAAGGAAAAAUCAGUGGAAUUGCACGAGUGGAAGAAAAUGACUUCUGGGAAAUUGUGUAUUUUCACUGAUAUUUGCUUUUUUUCUUAACAUAUUUAAUUAAUUAUAGCACUGUAAGGUUAUUCAGAGUAGAUGUGUAAACAACCUCAAUGUUGAGAGCAAAGAGAGAAUUAUUUCAAAAGUCUAUCCCAAGAUUCUUGUCUGUUGGGCUUUUCUAUCUCUAAAUUAUAUGAGGGAGAGAAUCUGUAUGGAAAUAAAAAGGAAGAGUUUACCUGGAAAA